CCCCACUGUACAAAAAAUGUACAUUUUCAGCGAUGGCUGUGCUGGCCAGUACAAAGGAAAGGGCACCUUUGCUGACCUUAGCCUGUACACUGGUAAGAAAAUAUUUUCAUCGGUUGUGCGGUCUUAUCCCGCUCUUUGUCUUUUCUAUGUUGUUGGCUUUUUUUUUUUUUUCAAUAUAAAUUUAUGCCCUUUUUGUUAAAAAGUACCCACAUCUCGCAUACAUGAAUUAUGAUGUACUCUGUGCCCCUAUUUCAUCACAACAUUGAGAUAUUUCAGGUACAGUUCUACUGUUUUCCCUUCUCAGGCCAAAAGAUACAGCGCAUUUUCUUUGGGUCAGAGCAUGGGAAAGGGGAGGCUGACGGUGAGACUGGGGUCAUCAACCAGGCUGUGGACCGGGCGGUGACCUCAGGGAAGCUCACCGUCAAGGAUGCUGGAGACCUCUUUGCCUGGUGUAACAGAGAGCUGGUCAGAUCUCUGGACGGUUUCCGACGGGAAUUCUUCCUGGUUGGAAAAAAUGAAAUCCUAAGGGACCGUCCAGAGACUGAUGUGAUCACCAUCCCUGGGACCCGGAGGAUCCACCAGGCGGAGAGGGUCUCCAACUACAUUAUAAGGACAAGGACGCUGGCAUGCUUCUGCCCUGCCUGUCGAAGGGAUGAAGGUGGAUGCCACAACCAGGCAUAUGUGGGCACCCACAUUAUCCACAAGAUCCGACCAAGCCACCCCAGUGUCCUUAACGAGGCAUUUUUGGAGGACCCAGAGCCUUCUACUUCCCAGCACAAGGAAACGGAGUCCACCACCUUGGAUCGAACUGAGCCAAGGAUUGGCGACUUCGUUUCAAUUACAUACACUGUUGGAAGGAAGCAACUCAUGUACAAUGCUGUUGUCAUUCCACCACAAGAGGUUCUAGAGGAUGGAGAGCUCCUUGUUUCCUUCAUGAGGAAACAAGGGGCUUCUUUCAUUUUCCCUCAUGUACCAGAGAUAUGUGUAGUACACCUCGAGGAGGUUGUGGUCCUCCACCCUCCGACUAUAGACAAUCGGGGGAGACAUUUUUUUGAUUAAUUUUUUUUUUUGAAUGUUUUUUGUUGUUGUAUUUGGUGGGGAGGGUGUUAUUGAAUAUUGGAAUACAAAAUCUUUUCAACUGUG